AUGGCGCCGCGCCUCCGCUCACAGCCAUACGCCCCCGACUCACCCAACAACGCCCAGGGGCUGCCGGACCCGGCUCCCCGUCGUCGUCGAGCGACGCGCUCUGCAUCUGCUCAACCGCAGGAGGCUGAGACUGCUCAGUCUGUCAGCGAGUCGCAGCCUACCGACGCUGCGGAGUUCAAGCAGGCUCCCAAGACUCGCAAGACCCGUGGCAAGACCUCCACCCGCGGCAAGAAGGCAAAAACUGUCACCUCGGGUGCCCUGACCCAGACAACGAAUGUGAAGGUGGAGUCUCCCAAUGUUGCUCUUGGCUCAUGCCAAAAGCAAGAUACACCCUACAGAACCAAUGUCGACGAACCCGAAGUCGACCAGAUGCACGGUGUUGAGGCUUCUGAGUCUCAAUGCGCAUCUGAUGAACCGAACGCUGACAAGUAUGCGACCGAACAGAGCCGUCCAGACACCGAGAUGCAGGACGCCGUUGUCUCUGCUCUCGCGAAGCCGGCCGUCGAGAUCCCUGUCACCGUCCUUCCUUCUGUCGAGACCGGUGACCUUGAGUUGAUAACUUCAACUGCUGGAGGUUGUGAGUCGCCUAACUCUUUCUAUUCUCUGUGUUCCUCCCAUGCGUCUUUCUAUUCCUUCGGUCCACCGUCUGUCAUGUCUGCGAUUUCGACCUUGACCAAUUCUUCUGGUUCAACUAUGUCCACCUCAUCUGCGGACUCUUGUAACCACCCCCGAUGGUGGCUGAUGGCCCACUUGCGAAGUCUUUACCAGCUCUGCACCCACAGCCAUGGUGCUCCCAUUGUCGUCCCCUUUGUUCCCAUCACUGCAGUCGCAGUUGGAUGGCCCUUGGACCUUCCCGUGUUGACCCCGAACAUGGGCCCGUCGGAAUCCGCCUUGAACGACAUUGAGCUGAUUUCCAUUUGCGCAGUGCGGUCAACCCUGACUGCGUCUACCCGCCGUGUCCGCCGCGGUGCCGGAGCAUCACCUUCCACGUCCUCCGAGCAGUCUCGUGUGCUGCGCCCUCAACAGGCUUCACCUAUCCACCGUUCCCGCACUUCUUACGCGGAUCGGUCUAAUUCUCGUCGCACCGAGAGUCGUGGCAGUUUUGGUCGGACCUUGUAUCGUCUCCCACAGCUCUUGGCUGGCCUACAGAAUGACUCCGGCGAAGAAACCCCUCCCGAGGACACGUACGACUUUGUUGAUCACCCACCCGCGACUCCUGUUCCCGCGACUCCUGUUCCAUUGACUCCCGAGAGAGCUGCGCCUGCCACUCCUGUGGCCCCUAUGACCGCCCCCGCUGCCCGCGCUGAUGUUUCCCCAGGCUGGAGCAGGUGGAUUUUCAAUAGUGUUUCCAGAAGAUGGACAGUUCUUAGAGGCCGAUUUUCUACUCAGCAGGACAACGAGACUGACUCGGCAGAUCCUGCAUACGCUGCAUCCACCGCACCUGCUUCGCCUGCUGAAGCCAUUCCAGCUGCCACCCCUUCGCUUAGUGUUCCUGUUUCGCCUGCUGAAGUUACUUCAUCCACUAUCCCUGUCCCGUCUCUUGUCCCAAGUGCGCCAUCAGCGGGGACCAACGCACUUAAAUCUCCAUCCGUGGAAACAGCCCGGAGAAUGGAUGUCCAACAUCGUCCAAUCUCCCGUCCACGGCGUCAUACCAGGUCAUUUGUGGACUCGCACACUCUGGUUGGUCCUGGGGAGACUACUGGCGCAGCCAGGAGGGCCGCGGCGGCGGCUGCGCUCGCAGCACCUCGUCCAACAUAUUCUUUCUCUCCACCUCGCUACAGUCCAGAGCUUCUGGCUAGCUGCUUCGAGCGGGCUACAACCAAACCAAAUACUGAGAAUUUGCCCGCUCAUCUCGGCGGAGCAUUGGCCUCUCAGAUUGCCACGGCAGACCAGGGAGAUCCGAGGAACGAAGUCCCUUCAAUCAUUCCAGCCGCCGAGAUUGACCCGGGCAAGCCCACUCCAGCCAAGUGGAUGGCAGGAAAUGAGACCGAGCGGGCUGCAGCAACCUCGAAUUUGAAUGCGAAUCAACUCAAUCCACGCAAACGGAAUCGAGGCUUUGGUCUUGACGAAGAUGAACUUGCUAUCAGUGAGGACGAUUUCACACCUGAGGAAUGGAAAGUACUCAAGGCACAAGUGGAAAAAGCCGAAGAGUUAGCCGCCGAGAAAGCCAAGAAAGAUGCUGAAGAAAACGCCCCUCCUGCUAAGAAACGCCGCGUUGAUGAAAUCCCCCAGCAGAAGCAACGUAUCCGGCAACCUGUUCGCCGUCAGACCCCUGGAACUUCCCGCGACACUCUACCUCCCCAUCGCAGCCCUGGGUUCAUUCCAAACAGACGAGGCACUUUUAUGCCCCCUGAUUUGUCCCCAAUCGAGUCCAGCGGAUUGCUAACUGACCCCGACUCGUCUCAAAUUUCUCAAACCCCCAAAGCUCCGACUUCGCUACCUCAAACUAACCAAGAAUCGCGACCGGCUGCUCAAAACAACUCAGCGUCUCGUUCUCAGAACAUCUCGGAACUCCAAUAUCCUUCAAAUACCCAGGUAUCAGAAUCAGAUCGUGGGCCUCUCGGUAUGUUUAUCAAUGGUUCCUUUGUCAGGCGCGGCCAACUCCCCAAUGUCGAUAUGAGCACCCAAGGAAGCUGGAGAAUGACUCCCACGGAUUAUCAUCCCGAACUUGUUAUAAACACGCCAGAAUCCUAUGAACCCUACCUUUCCAAUUUCCAUGAUGCAGCUGCUCGCCUCCGGCAGCGAAAAGCCAAAGCAGCUGCGGAGAGAUCUCGUCAAAUCUCCAGGGAAGAGAAUCCGUACACUCGUGAUUCUGAUGCUCCUGUCCCCUAUGUUCCUGGUGUUCUUCCUGUCCAUUCCGAGCCGCCUCGUUAUUCGACAGUCCAGGCAUUCACUGAGGCGUAUUUGACUGCUACUUCUCCUCCCCCUUCACCCCCAACAUUUCCUGCUCAGCGGCGCCCCGGAUUCAAACGAGUUCCAACUGGGACAUUCGAGGCUCCAAACCCGUGCUCUUCUUCCUCGUCUUCCUCGUCUUCCUCGUGUUCUGCAUCUCCUCCUUCUUCCCCUCCUGCACGACCUGUUCCUGAUUCCUCCUCAACCCCAUCGCUACCUCAGCGGCGCCCCGGGUUCAGACGAAAUGACGCAGAACCAGAAGAUGCAGGGGGCGAUGAAGAAGAGUCGAAUGGCCCAGUUGGAUCCCGUGCUGCUUAUCCUUUGUCCCCGGAUGCCAUGGAUAUUUCACCAAAUCCUUCAGCUUCCGCUGCAGUUGCUGACAGAUCAAAUCAAGACACCGCCGCGACCCAUGAUGCCGACACCGACACCGACACCGACGCCGAUGAUAUCGAAGGCCCCUCCCCCUUGACCCGUGCUCGCAACAAGGCAGAACAGUUCAAGCCGAAGACCCCAAGCCGCCUCCGCGAAUCUACUCGUUUCCCGAUCAGCAAUGCUUCGACGCCGUCCGCUGUCGGUUCUUCGCCGUCUUUCAAUGGUGUGUCUACUAGCACCAUCCCUUAUCUUUCAGACCCCAUGUCUGUUGAUGGCUCAUCUUUCGUUGCGAACUUAGACGCGACUUCAGCCAUGACCCCAGCUGUGACCACUGAUCCGAAUUCAACUGUACAUCGACCCACAUGUGGACUGCGGCGAGACCCAUCCUGGAACCCCCCGCCUGCCGUGAAACCUUCGAACCCACCUUCGAACCCCGCCGCGAUCGACCCCACCGGAGCAGCCGUGAAAGAUGCAAUCAACGAGGCUCUGAAAGGGACUGCUGAUGAUGUUGGUUGGCUCUCCCGGGCUUUACCAAAUGGAGACUUCAGCCAGCUCAAGUGGCCGCCGCGCAGAAGUCUUGCCGAAGCCUUAGGUGUAUGCCCAGAGGCUGCGAGAAUUGUGGAAGAAAACUGGAAAGAACCGAAAGCAGGCGAAGCCGUGAGAUAUUUCGAAACCUUGUUUAAGGCUUACCAAGAGAACCCUGAUGAGUUUGUUGCGGAGCUGUGA